CAUGAUAUUAAUAUAAUCAUUGGUAUUAUCAUUUACCAUAGCUUAUCAGACCAGGAUGAAGAGGGUACAACCAGGCAGGACUGCAUCGUCUCCGACCCCUCCUUUUCCAUGGUGGCGGUCCAGCGGGAGGACAGUGGCAUCACCUGGGAGACCCACUCCAGCGGAUCUUCCACUCCCUGGGCCUCCGAGGGGAGUCAGACUUCUGGUGUGUACAGCCCAGAAGGGUCAACUGUGAGCUCUCCUCCAGGAAACGUUUCCUUCGUGAUGGGUGAAGUCAAAAAGGGUCGGAAAAGAGCUCACAAGUCAAAGCCUGGCUCACCCUCACUGCGCCGGAAAGGCGGCAGGAAAAGGAAUUCUGACCCCCAGGCUGUCCCCGCACACAACAGAGACAGCGCUUUAGUUUCAGGAAGCCUGAGCCCCAAGAAGGAGCAGUCCCCUGCGGGCAUCUAUGACAAGACGAGGAAGAAGACCACCUCGAGCACGCCCCCCAUCACCGGGGCCAUCUACAAGGAGCACAAGCCGCUGGUGCUGAGGCCGGUCUACAUCGGGACCGUGCAGUACAAGAUCAAGAUGUUCAACUCGGUGAAGGAGGAGCUGAUCCCGCUGCAGUUCUACGGGACGUUGCCGAAGGGUUACGUCAUUCAAGAAAUACAUUACAGGAAAGGGAAAGAGGCCUCCAUUCGUCUCGAGCCAGACCUGGGCGAUCGCGACGCCAGUAGGGCUUCCCCCACGGCCACAGUCGCAGCCCGAAGCCUAGCUGGGGACAGCGUCCGAGAGCCUAGUCCCCCCUGGAGAGGGGCGCUCUCCAAAAGACCCUCGGCCCUGGCCUCACUGACCGCACAGGAGGACCAGAAGGACAGGCUGGUGGACUCUGCGCACACAGCCCCAGGGGCUCCGCCAGCAGUGCCAGAGCAGCCAGCGGCCAAGGAGCUGUCCCCUCCUGCCCUCGGCCCACUCGUGUCCCUGGAACCUGCUGGGCACGAGCUUGAGCCAGUGUCUCCAGGAGCCGCGGCUUCCAAGGGCUCCAAGGCCUGGCCCUCGCCACUGGAGGAGGUGCAGGCCGCGGGCCGCAUCCCGUCCCCAGGGGCAGGGCCACCGGGCCUGGCGCCGGCUCCGCUGGAAGCCGCGGCCCCGGAUGAAGACCGGCUGGGCCUGCCCUCGCCAGAAAAGGCGGCGCCCGUCCCCGAGCAGUGGACCCCUCCUCACGCCACUGUCGAAGCAGAGCCCGCGGGCCGCGCGCCUGAGCCCCCGGCGUGGGAGGGCGCGGAGAAGGAAGAACCGGAACCUUCCCGGCCCACAGCCGCCUCCGCCAAAGACUCGGACCUGGCGGAGGAGGAAGAGGAGGAGGAGGAGAAGGAGGAGGAGGUGGUCGAGCUGGACUACCCCAAGAGCCCGCUGCCCAGCGAGGGGCCUUUCCCGCCGCGGCGGCCCGCGGAGCUGGAGCCGCAGGACGAGGAGCCCGGGCCGCCAGCCCCGGCAGCAAGCUCGGAGCUGGCGGAGGAGGAAGAGGAGGAGGAAGAGGAGGAGGAGGAGGAGGAGGUGAUCGAGCUGGACUACCCCGAGAGCCCGCUGCCCGGCGAGGGGCCGCUCCCGCCGCGGCGGCCCGCGGAGCUGGAGCCGCAGGACGAGGAGCCCGGGGCAUGGCCGCCGGGCCGCGCCGCCUGGUCUGAGGAGGAGCGAGAGGAAAGCGAGUCUGUUUCCACGGAUUCUGCUUUCGUGUCGGAGUUCUCGGGGCCGCGGGAUUCGCACCGCAGCCCCGAGGAGCCAGAGCCGGAAGCCGCGUCUCCUCCUCCCCGAGGGAAGGCCGCCGCGGGCUCGGCAGGAGAGAGCGAGGCCCCGGGGUGGCGGUCCCCGCUGUCCCCGCUGUCCUCCACCGCGUCCUCCGCCGCCGAGAGCGGGCGCUGCUCUCCACAGGCCUCGCCCGCCUCCGACGACCUGCGGUCCGCAGGUGCGGCCUCGGCCCCCGAGCCGCCCGUCUCCACACUGCCCGCCGAGAGGACCCCUGAGCGCCUGCCGCCGCCCCCUACGGCCGCCUCCGAGCACCUCGGCCCCUCAGGAGGGGACAGAGGACGUGAGCGUGUCACCCCCGAUUCCAAACUGGCCUCCGAACACGCGGUUCCCCCGGACGCCACACAGGAAUCCCGGAAGGAAGCCAUCGGAGACGUGCCCCAACUCCGAUCCAAGGGUGUUCCUGAGCCCACAGUGCCAUCGGAUGAAGAGAAGGAAGAGGCCGGGCCACAUCCCCCACCUGCGGCCUCUGUGUCUGACCACGCUCUCCCACCCCCCACACCGGAGAGGACCCCAGAGCUCCAGCCCCCACUGCCCCCUACUGCUACCGUGGAACUCCAGGUCUCACCCGGAGAAGGUUCAGGAAGUGAACGUGUCACCCCAGAUUCCAAACACAUUUUCAAACACGCGGUUCUACCAAAUAUUUCCCAGGAAUCCCAGAAGGAAAUAAUCCAUGAUGUGUCCCAGCUGAGAUCAAAAGGGAUUUCUGAGCACACGAUCCUGUCAGGAGAAGAGAAGGAAGAUGCCAGACCACAGCCCCAACAUGUGGCUUCUGUGUCUGAACUCCCUCUGCCACCCCGCACAGCGGAGAAGACCCCAGAAUGCCAGGCCCCGCUGCCUGCGAUGCCCCCAGCUGAACACGGGGUCAUACUGGAAGGGGCGCCAGUGGAGGGCGAGCGCUACACUCCCUCUUCCAGGUCCGCUUCUGGAUUUUCAGUGCCGCCAUUCGCAACCCCGGAGUCGCUGGAGGAGGAAAUCAUCUGUGCUUCCCCUCUGAACCUAAAAGGGGCCUCCUCCCCAGAGAUGUUCUCAGAACAGGAGCAUGACGACGUUGGACCUUUUUCUCCAGACUCUGCUUUUAUUUCCGAAUUCUCAUUUCCACCCUCUGCAGCACAGGACGCAGAGAGAAGAGAACUCGAGUGUGGUUCUCCGCUGUACUUAACCUCCCCGUCCGAACACACGGUGUUCUCAGAUGAAGACACGGAAGAAAUCGACCUCUUUUCUCCAGACUCAGCCUCGCAAGUGUCAAUCCCACCCUACAGGAGCCCAGGAACAGAGAAGACCGAAACGGAGCCCUGCUCACGGAUGCCUGCCAGUUCUGCUUCCAGUUACCCCUGCUUUUCCGGAACAGAUGAGGACGACGGCGGGUCAACUGCUGCCACCCCCACGCCUGAGCACUUGGAUUCUUCACCAGGGCAGAACACCCCCGAAGCAGUAAGUCCGCCACCUUCAACAACGAAGGCGGAGGAAGCAGAAAUUAAGCCAGACGCUCACGUGACCUCAACACCUGUUUCUGAAUAUCUCGGCAGGAUGCAACAGCAGAGAAGUCAAGCAGUUCUAGAGCCUGAGAGUGAAGAGUUGAUUCUGUCACGUUUAACCAGUGAGCUGGAGAAGGGAGACGUCAAGACCAGCUGGUCAGUAGCCACACCUCCGUUGGCACCUGCACAGUCAUCCGUGGGGAAGGAGGAGACCCGGCCUGUUUUGCCUGCAUCCCAGCCUUCAGCUUCACUGGAUUCAGCCCAUGCCACGGAGGAAGAACAGGAACGCCAAGCGUCACUCACUCUGAAAGCUGUGAACGAACAGAUGGCGCUGCAGGAAGUCAGAGAGAAGGCAACAGUGCCUGAUUCUCAAGGAGCCACAGCACAGGCAUCGCAGGCUCAAAAGGUGGAGCCGCAGCUUCCAGACGUUCUCAGGUCCGAGAUGAAACCGUCAGCUCUGCCUGACGCGGUAGAGGAGCCAAAGAAGGAAGUCAAACCCAGUUUAGCUGGAAGUGCAGCUUCCAGACCCGAACCAGAGCAGACAGUGUUGUCCGAGGGUGAGCCUGUGGGAAUAAACCCUCCUUUACCCCUGAGGGAGACAGCUCUGUCUGGACAUGAGGUUUCAUCAGGUGUGAAAAUGGAAGUGAAACUGGACUCCAAAGCAGCAGGGCCACCCGGUACAGGAAAGGAAGGUGAAGAGGGUCUACCUGCACCGGCAUUUUCAGCAUUGUCAGAAGAAAUAAAGAAAGAAAUUGAACCCAGGUCCUCCACAGCCACAGCGCCUCUAGCUAAGCCCGAUGCGAACCUUACCAAAUUGGAAAGAGAUUCAGGUGCCUCUCUUGCUACCCACGUGGAGGGUGUGGUCCCAGCCCAAGCAGGACAAGAUGCCCUAGGAGGUGUUUCGGUGCCACCUGCGAAACCUGAAAGUGUGCGUCCGGUUCUUAGAGAAGAGGCAGUGAUUGAAAGUGCUGCUUCUCUCACUGAAACGUCUUUGUCCAAAGGCUCUGCUCGGUCAGAAGCAGAGAAGGAAAUUCAACUGCCUUCCCCUCCACGCAUGCCGUCUGCAUUGGAGCAUGCUACUUUGCCGAGGGUGGAAACUGAGGACGUGAAACCCGAGUUGUCAGUAACCACGAUGCCGUCUUCUCAGCGUUCAGAAGUGUUUGAGGAAGCCGGGGUGGGAGAUGAACAGGAUGUGUCACAGUCUGCAGUCCUCGACUCUGAGCACGUGGUGUUGUCAGCGAAGGAGCCCCUGGCAGCUGUCUCAGCAGCACCAGGGCCUGAACACGAGCUUUUGCUGGAACUGGGUAGUGGGCAAAAGCGAGAAGAAGCCGAAUUCCAUCUGUUGCAGAAUGUGUCGCCUGCAGCCCAACACGCAGUUCCCAAAAGCGAAGGGGAGGAAAUGGCAAGCUACUCCAAGGUGGAUGUUUUAGCAUCAGAAGAUUCAGCCCUGACUUUCCUGACCCCCACGCGGGCGAUGGAGACGUCUUUGGCAGCCCAGAGAGGUUUCCUGUCAGAAAACUGUGAUCUUGUUCAGGCAGAGCGGUCGUUAGAGCCGGAGGAGGAAGUAAGACCACAGGAAGCACCAGAGUUGCCAGAGCCCGUAUCUGCUUGCACUAAAGGUGGAGAUAGUGGCUCUGUACGGGCAAAACAAGCAAGAUCUCUGGUAGCAGAAGCAGUGGACUCCAUCUUAGAAAAGAGUCCCGCUGAGCUUAGGCAAAGAGGAGAAGACGAAACCAGGGAGCUUCUCAUGUCUACUGUAGAACUGUCAAAGGCCACGUCCAGCCUCCAUGUGGAACAGGAGCAGCCAGAAAAAGCACGCCAUUCAGAUCAGGUGGUUGGAUCGCCUGAUGUAGGUGGGUCUUUUGUGGGUAGAGAAGAUCUGGGCACUAAACAACUUCUAGUUAUGAAAGAGAGUUUGCCUUUGGAACAAUCAAAAUCGUUUGUGACAACUGAGCCUGCAGGUAUCAAAGAAACAAAAGUGAAAGAGCCUAUCAUUUCUCCAGAGGAUGAGAACAGGACACUGGGAAAGCCAGAAAAUAUGGCCAGCGAGCAGCAGGAAGGAAGGCAGGCGUCCGUGCAGCUGGAUUCUGCUGAGAGCGAGGACCACAUGCCAGUACAGUUUAAGGCUGGGGAGACCUUGUCCACUAAAGCUGAUUCUCCCGAGGAAAGACAGCUGGCUCACAAGCCAGCCCCUUUAGUUCUGGCUGGAAACGUAGAGGGAAACACAGCAGAGGAGGUGCAGACCUGUUCUGUGGUGGCCGGGGAUCAUUUGACAUCACAGAAGGCAGACACAGAGCUCCCCAGGCCAUGCAAGGAGGAGAGCCAGGAAGAAACCAAGCUACCUCUUGCAGGAACUCUCCAGAAAGCAGAGUCUGGUCUAUUCGCAGAGGAAGGGAAGCCAGAGGCUAUCCUGUCUCCUGCCCAGGCAGCCCGUCUCCCGGCUGAUGUUAGGGAUCCUGCUCGGGGCCAUGAACAGGAAUCUCGUGGACACACCCCUCCAUUACCUGCAGAGAAGCUGCUAGAAGAGGCAAGAAGGGUCCCGCCAAAGGUUGUAGGUGAUGCUGACGAGGAAAAGGCACCCGCCCCUGCAGUGGAAACUCCCCCUCAAAGGUGGCCCCUGUCCCCCAUCCCAGCCAAGGAGGAACCUCUACCCCAGGAUGCACCAGACGAGGUGCAGAAGCUGCCCGAGCAGCCAAAGGCAGCAGAGCCAGCUGUCCCUCAGGAAAAGGGAAAGAGAGGGAUUUCAUCUUUCAAAUCCUGGAUGUCUAGUCUGUUCUUUGGAUCAAGCACUCAAGAUACCAAAGUUGCUGAAAAAGAUGUGGAGUCUCUGCCAAGUCCCUCUGCAGCGAGCACAGGGACUGUGAGAGUGCCCGAAGGGGAGAGUCCCGCUGAGCGGAAGGCAGCCGGGAAGCCGGGAGCAAGACCUGCAGCUGCCGAGGGACCCCGAGAGGCCAUGGUUACACCUGGGGAAGGCCAAGGCCUUAAAGACACGCUCACAGUUCUAUCGAAGGUGGAAGUUUCGCAGCAGGCACGGUCCAGCCCUGAGGCAUCUAGAGAACUUGGAAGGGAAGAAGCUGCACCCUGCCCAGGAGAGGUGGACAGGAACUCAGCAGCUCCUCCUGCUCCUGGCGGGGACCAUGUGGGAAUUCAGCCCUCUUCUCCCACGCCUGAGAAAUCUGCCCCAGUUACUGAUAGUAAAAGAUACCAGAAGCCAGUGAUUUCUCCUCCCUCAAAGUGGACCAUUUCUGUUCAGGAAGAGCCAAGAAGUGACCAAAAAGAAAAAUCACUGUUUUCAUUUGAUGUUGUCAGUAAGGCGCCACAACAGCCCAAACCAGCUUUAUCUGACGUCACAAGCAAGAAUAUCAUGGGGGAAUCAGAGAAGCCAGAGUGGAUCAUUUCUCCUGGAGAAGAAUCAAAAGGCAGACUAGCUGCUCUUGGAGAAGGCAGACGAAAGGAAGACCUGCUAGAAUCCACUUCCUCAGGAGGUUUGGAGGAAGACAUAAAACUCAGGUCUGCUGGCUGCACGGAGGAGAAAGGUGACUUGGAGACCAGAUCCUACACCUUGGCCGAAGGGCAGGAAACGGUGGCCCUGACACAGCUCAGAGAAGAUAAGGAGCCAGGAAAGGCACGUGUCAUGCACAAAACAGAAGAAUCCAAGAUACCCAUACCGCCGACGCUCAUCGAUCAAAAUGGAGACCACAAGGAAAGCUCCAGAAUUGCUGUUGGUUCUGAGGAGGAGAAGGGAGAAGAAAAAGAGAAGCAGCAGCAGGAAUGGGCCAGGUCUGUGCCUGAAGAGUCGGAUAUCACUUUAGUUCAUUCCAGGGGUGAAACGGAACCAUUCUUGGUAGUUAAAACGGCAUCAGUUAUUGAGACACCCGAAAGCGUGAUCUCAGAGGCUCGCCCUGAAAUCAGGGAAGCAAAGGCGGGAGGAGUCCCACCACACCUAUUAGAAGAAAGUAGAGUUUUGGGGGAAAAAACCCAAAGUUUCCGUCCAGUGGAUCUUCCUUGCCGCAGUGAAAUGGAUAACCACUCCGUAGCUCCAGAGGGAGACCUGGUGUUUGAAAAACCAGGCAGGGGCACGGCAGGCCCCAGUGAGGAAAAGGGUCAGGUGCCACCGUCAGAAGCAUCUGAAGGUGGUUCAGUCGCUGUCGGGAAAGAAAGAGCGAAGCCUGGCGCUCUGUUCAAAGACUCCCAGAGGGCUUUGGAUCACCUUUCUGAGGAUGCAAAGAGCUUAGAAACUCCACUGUUGCCAUCACCUCUGAAACCACAGACUGCCGCUUCGGAAGAGUCUACAGACAUACAUGCAGUGGAGAAGCAGGACGUGCCACUGUCGGAGUGGACUGCAGAGCGCCAUACGGUCCAUACCAGCCAAGCUAGGGACCGCGCCCCCGAUGUGCCUCACCAGGCCGUUCUCAUCUCAAAGCACCACAUGGUGGCCGUGGAGGAUGCCCAUGUAAGUGAACCGUCGUCUCCAGCAACAAGCAACUAUGCCCAAUUUAUAAGCAGCGCAUCAACAGCCAGCGCUGAUAAAGUGGCUCCUGCUAAAGAAACACGGGAGGAGGCUGAGGACGCAUUCACAGUGACCAGCAAGCCAGCCGGGCUUUCAGAAGAUCAGAAGAGUGCCUUCAUCAUCAUUUCUGAAGGCUGUGAGAUACUGAAUGUCCACGCCCCUGCCUUUAUUCCUUCAGCUGAUCAGGAGGAAAGCGAACAAUUGCAGGAUAAGUUAGAAUAUUUGCAAGAGAAGUUCCCAAUUAAAACCACGGCGCUCCGUGAUGAUAAUGAGGCAGCUGCUGUCCCCAGAACAUCAAAGAGCAACUUAGAAGAUUCUGGCAGAAAACUCCCAUCUUUCAAAGAAAAUGAACAAAACGAAAGUUAUAAAACAGAAGAGGAGAUACCCACAGAAUCGGAAGCUGGUGAUUUAGCUUUUGCUCAGCCCACAGUCCCCAGUGAAGAGGAUUACUUUGAAAAGUAUACUUUGAUUGAUUAUAACAUCUCGCCAGACCCAGAAAGACAGAAACCUCCACGGAAAUUAAAUGUUGAAGAGGAACCCUCAAAGGAAGCAGCCAAAGAAAUGAUCUCUUUUCCAGAAAGUUCAGAGGAAACCGUCCUGGAGCAGGACUAUGACUUGGUGAAACUGGAUGAAAGCUUUUAUGGGCCGGAAAAGGACCACAGCAAGUUACCUCACCCAGAGCCCCAAAAACCUUUUGUUAUCCAGAAAUCGCCUGAUGAAGACGCUGCAAAGGGAUUGCGCAGAGAUGCAGAGUCCAGAUCUCCUGGGAUGCCUUUAUUCGACACAGAAGAGGGAGUUUUGUCGAGAACCCAGAUAUUUCCUACUGUGGCCAAAGCCAUUAACCCUGAGCUUCUGGAGCAGCCGCCUGCACUUGCAUUUUUAUAUAAGGAUCUGUACGAUGAGGCAGUUGGAGAGAGAGAGCGCGACGAGGAGACGGCUUCUGAAGGAGACAGCGUGAACUCGGAGGCUUCAUUUCCAAGAAGAUCUGACGCUGACGAUGCAACAGGAAUGUAUUUCGAGAAGUACCUACUCAGAGACGACAUCCUCCACGACACUUCUGUAGCUCAGGAGGACCAAGGCCAGGGUCUGGAGGGAGAACCCAUUGGUGAGGAUGAGUCCUACCACCUGAUAGCUGCAGAAGGGGAGAUUUGGGGCAAGUCUGGAACUGUUCUGGGGAAGGCGACUCUGGAAGGGGAGCAGAAAGCUGCGUACAGGGAAGGGGAAGCCGAGGGCCGCGUGGAGACCCCUGGGGAUGCAGCCGUGCUGCCGAGGGAGGCACCCGUCAUUGAGACAGUCUCAGCAGCCACCCAGAAGGUGAGCUACGCGAUUCCGUUUGUCGACACUCGUCACACUCUGGCACACGUGGAGGGGGCGACCAGUCAGGGAAAUGAGGCAGCGCAUGCAGGUCCAGAGAGCGGCCUGAAUGUCCCCGAACAGGUGUCCUUCCCGGAGGAGGAGCCUGUAUCUGGUGCAGCUUAUGCUGGAGAAAUGCCACUAGAAGGACCUUCAGUACCGGUCCCCACUGAGCCGAGCCAAGAGAGGCUCCGCAAUAGCCCUGUCCAGGAUGAGUACCCAUUCGCCGAGUCUGUCAGCUACGCAGUUGUCGGUGAAGACAUCUCAUCGCAAGAACUGUGUUCAGAAGCCGUGCCUGGAGACGAGCUACCACCUCAAGGCCAGGAAGCCUUGGAGCCCAUCAGCACAGAUGCACUCAUGAGGGAGACAGAACAAAGCUCAUCGGCCAGACAGGAAGAUUGGGGCAGAGAGACGACUGCCCAAGACCAAGUGUCCCCAGAGUCAGUGACCGAGAAGGCACCAAAGGACCUGAAAAAGCCCCAGAUUGACACGUACUGCUACACCUGCAGGAGCCCAAUCUCCACUCUUGACAAGGUGGCGGGCACCCACAAAGACCACGAGGUUUCCACGCUUGACACAGCCAUAAGUGCUGUGAAG